AUGGCUCGAGAAUUCGAUGAAUUGGUACAAGGUAUAAAUGAAAGUCUUUUGAAAUAUCACGAAUUGGUGGAAAAUAGGUCUAUAUUCAAACAGUAUGAAGGAGAAGAUCAUCAUAAUGAGAAUAGUAUAGUUCAAGAUGAGAAGAAUGAAAGUUUAACUCUGGAAGAAGUGAAACCACAAAAAAGAUUGAAAUCAAAAAAUGUAUACAAAAGAACAAAAGCUGAUAUUAAACUGCCCAAAAUCAAUGAUUUAUCUGGAAUUGAAGGUGAAUCAAUAGGGAAUAUGGACCAGUCAUUUGAAGCAAAUAAGGAGGAAGAAUCAUAUGGCACAGAGCUCACUGAACCAUGUACUCUUGCUCUGGGACAGCUUGAAUACUUUACGGAUGCAUUCAUAUAUAUGGCCAGCUCAAAGGGGUUUCCUACGCUGUCAUCCCUUUCUGCCUUUAAAAUUGGCCUAACAGAACCUAAAAAUGAAACAGAACUGAUGACGACGCCAUAUUAUACUAUGAUUGAUAAUCAAUAUGGCUUAUACUAUAAGUUAGGUCACUCUUUGAGAAACGUGAUACAAUCAGGUCACCUUAUGUCUUCACUUUUACUACCCAAGAUCUUUCAAAAAUGUAUCAUAUCGAAACUCCCCAUUUGUGAGAUGUUGAUAGAGCAAGUAAUUCAAGAACAUGAACUUGUGGAAUUUUGGGAAAGAAUAGAAAUAAUUGAGACAAUAGCACAAGGAACAUCAAUUGAUACUAGAAAAGUCAUAUUUGUUAACUGUCUGGAUUACAUUGAAGCAUGUAAUGAUGAACAUUUAAGCUAUCUAUUAGAAAACUGA